GUCAAAUUGAAUAAAAACGUUUAGUCCAGCUAUUUAUUUCCUAAACCCUAAAAACGUUUUGUCGAGCUAUUUAUUUUCUGACAAUUUCCAUUCGCCUACUUUCGCCUUUCGAAGAACCGACUCGUUCAGGCUUUUAUCCACGAGAUAGUUUUACGCGUUGAACGAGAGGCUAAAGUUGAGAUUGGGCGAUGGCUGAUGCUACUAUGACUACUAGCCACAUGUGCUACAUGUGUCGGCAAAGAGUGAACCCAGUCUUGGAACCUGAGCUUAAGUGCCUUUUUUGCGAUUGUGGAUUUGUGAAAGAAAUAGCCGGAAGGGAGGCGACUGAAUCUGAAGAUGCAGGAUCGGGGAAUGAGAGUGAUACACAAGCAUCCAAGAAGAAAAGAGCGAAAAAGAUGUUGACAGUUACUGGCAAAGGUCAUCAUGUUUCUCCAUCAAAGUCGCACAUUCUAGAAGAUGUUUUGAAACAUCAAUAUGUUGGAAGUCGACGAAUUGAAGAAUUGAAGCUGCGAUAUAUGAAUGUUGAAAUUGAAUUAACUAAGAUCUUGGAUGACUGGAACAAUGAGUUUAUGAAGAUUAAAUAUAUUCAGGAAAAGUACAAGAAGAUGUAUGAUGACAAAAUCAAUGAGAUGAAAUUAAUGGAGGAGCAACUAAUAGAAUGCAGAGCAGAAUUGGCUAUUAUGAAAGCUUCAGCUUCUUUACAUAAUCAACAAAUGAAUCGCCUUCAUAUUAAGUUGGUGGAUACACAAACAAUGAUCAAUCAGUAUGUGAAAGAUCAGCAGAUUCUUGAGGAGAAGAUAGCAGCCAUUGAAAAUGAAAAUGAGAGGCUCCAGAGUUUGUUGUCUGAGAAGGAAGCUAAGUUCAAAUUAGAACAGUCACCUUCGAGAGUCAUAGAAGAAUUUAAGAAGUCUAUUGCCUUUAAGAUAAUUGUCCAGGAUGAGGUUCAAAAAGCUCGUGAUCAUAUAUAUGAUGUAGAGGUCAAGGCUUUGGAGCUAGAGAGUAUGGAGAAAGGCUUUAUCAGAGGUUUUCUGAAAGGUGUCCGUCUAGUACAGCGCAAGACUGGAGUUGAAGUUGAGGGGUUGACACCUAGUCAAGCUUCUCGUGAUUCUUCUUCAGAUUCAGAUGAUGAUGAGAUAGAAAGUGAGUUACCUUAAACCUUUGCCCUCGAUGAGGAUGAUGAUGUUUAGAUUAUACAGUGAUUCUCUGUUGUUGGUUAUAUCACUUUAUAUGUUUCUGUGAUUAUUACUUUUAUUUGAUACUGAUGUUUUUAUAUGUUGUAUAUGAUAUGUUUGGUUAUAUAUCAAAAAGUUGUUGAUGUUCUUUUC